AGCGACGGAAGUGACGCAAACUCUGUGCGCUGCGGCGCCGAGUGCGGAGCCGGGGUCGUGAUGAACUGUGUCCUGUGUGUGCCCACGGCCCGGGCGGUCUGGGCGCUGAGGCUUGUGAGUGGGGCUUCCCGAAGCCUGCAUCCACCGCCCGGUGGCCGGGCUGGAGGCCAGCCCGCGGUUGAGGGCGAGGAAGAGGACGACUCUAACCGCCCCGUUCAAUUUUCCUCCAGCAAAGCCAGCCCGUUCCGUUGGACGGUGGAGCACUCCCUGGGCAAGAAGCACCAGAGGCCCUGGUGGAAAGUGCUGCCCUUCGGCUUGUCUCUCAUGGCUCUAGUCAUCUGGUGCUUCCUUAGGCAGGAGACCAGCGCGGACGGGUGGUUAAGACAGAUAUUGUUAGAAGAGGUGCCAGAGUCCAGCGAUGGUUCUGAGGAGUCUGGAACUCCGGUGGCCCACGGGGCGAGAACUUAAUGGGGCGCCAGCAGCGAGGGAACAGGCAUCUGCCCUUAGGCUUUGACGUCGCGUUUGAGCGUUUCUGACCUGGUUAUACGCAUCCCUAGACUGAAGGACUUGAAUGGUGCGCCUGGCUACGCAGUCCUGUUGUAGGCAGAGCAGAAUGUCAGCAGAUCGGAACAGCUCCUUACCUGAUUCUUGAUGGCCGUCAAGUACCUCCAAAAGACUUCCGGUCCAUAGAAAAGGUUUUGUUUGCAGCGUGUACUGUUGGAUUUGUGGUGUCUUUGUAUAACAUUAUCAUGUUUCCAAAGCAAUUUUGGUGACACUUGUAAUUCAGUGUAAUCCACUUUGCAGGUCGAUGGCUUUCUGAGGCAGAAUAACUGUAAGAAGAGUCAAACUUUGCAUUUUAUAGUGUACUGUGAUGUCUAUAAAUUGAUGUGACUCUUACAAACUAACAGAUUGACAAUAAAUUUUCAUUUGGUAAUGUGGAA